AUGCUUCCUCGCUUUCAGCCCCUCCCUCUCGCCACACUCCAAGAUUUGCUCCGAAACAGCAAUGAAGAAAAGAUUGCUUUGGGCGGGUUCCGCAAUCAAGGUGCAUGCUGGCAAACAUUUGAUGUGGCGGAGUCGGACAAGGUUGCCAAACUUGUCAGGCUGAUUGACUUUCCAGUAGAAGAGGACGUCAAAGGGAGUUUAUCGCAAGGCGAGAUUCGACAUGGAGUCUAUCGCGAGAUUAGUAUCAUUGAAGGACCUCUCAAGAAUCUGCAAGGCAAGGUCAUUCCAAGAUGCCAUGGACCAUAUGCGGGUACAAGGACACAUGUCAGAUAUCUUGAUGAUACGGAUUAUGAGGAGUGGUGGUUGUUCAUGGUGGAGAAUGCCGGAGAAUGUCUACAUGGCACGUUGCUUUCCGAUGAAGACUGCAAACGAAUCACAUCAAAAUACCAUGCUCUGCACAAAGCUGGUGUGUUACACUGCGACGUCGAGAUCAGGCAUUGGUUCCGGACGCCUUCGGGCGACAUACGCCUGAUAAAUUUUGAUCGGGCAAAGAGUGUUGGAUUCCUUUUUAUCAUCGGAAGAGUUUCAGGAUGA